AGCGUAUUUAUUAUUCAUUUAUUUAUCCAGGGUAAACCAAGGAAUACAAAAUAUGGCAUAACACCGGAAGAGGAAAUCCGUGUGUUACACCGUAAAUAGUCCGACUUGCUACAGACAUGCCGACCAGAGGCAUCGCUUAUAUCCGAACGUUGUUGAUAAAACGAAUAUCGAUAUGAAAUGUCUGUGCACGGGUAUAUGGGCAACCGGUGAAUUAUCAUAGAUGUCGGACACCGGGGAGGAGUGGCAGGUGGCCGGGAGAAGAAAGGGUACAGCGCGGAAAUCAAAAACACUUCAGGUGUCCUCAAAUGCAGCAUGCUGCCAAGAGCAGCUGGACAUCGGGAAAACUGUUAAACGAAUUAGAGACACGGUGUCUGAGCUAAGAUGCGAGGAGUUUUGGCAGGAGUGGAAAGAACAGCUGCUGGGUGCAGGAUCAGCAGCUCUCUCAAAACCUCCAGAGAAAGGGGGCAUUGAGGACCCCACCACCGAUGAGCUGGGGAGGAGCGGAGACGGCAGAUCAUGCCAGCAGCUGGAGUGUGUGUGUUAUGGCCUCGGCCCCUUUUCUUCCUGCGUCUCAGCUCGCUACCAGCUUGCCAUGUUGCUUCUGCUGCUGGAUGCCGGACAGAUUCCCCUGAAGGACUGCUCCGUGUAUGACCCUGCUUUCUCCUCUGGAGAGAGGGAUGUUUUGAGAGAACUUGGUGUGACUGUACUCACAGAAAACGAGGAGGGGAAACGUCUGGCGACCAGGCCCACGCUCUUUUACUUGAUGCAUUGUGGGAAAGCCCUGUACAACAACCUUCUGUGGAAGAACUGGAGUGCACAGUGUCUUCCUCUGAUGAUAAUCAUUGGAAACAGCUUCAUUGGCAUGAGAGAAAGGACAAUCGACAGGGAGUUCAAGCGCGAUUACAGCUACAUUACACAAGCCGUGUCCGUGUGUGAGGAGAGACAGCUGCCUUGUCCAUCCCGACUGAUCGACGUCUUCAGUGACACAGCAGUCAUCACCUUUCCUACCGGCAGCCUUAACAGACUCCCACAGUCCACCUGGGUGGAUCCACCCGAACCACAGUACCAACACUGCGCUGAUUUAGAGAUUAUUCAGAGGAAAAUCCAGAGCUGAGACAGAAGAUGGACAAGGAAUGGACAGCACUGAGUGUUUUUAUUGUUGACAUUGAUUUAAGCAGUUUUUAAAUAAAUGCACCCUGCUUCCUACUUUCAACAAUUUCCUGCAGGAUCAAUAAAGUUCUUAUCUUAUCUCUUAUCUGAACUUGAGAAUUAAAUCUUGUAAUAGUGAGUCACCAUCACAGCAGUUUGUCUCACGGGAUGAAGGCAGUACUGCUGAGCCUCUUGGGGAAGUUCCUAACAAUAAAACAAUAAAAUCUCGCUCUUAGUGACCUCCUUUGGGUUAAUUUCUCAUCCGGCUGCAGUGACGUGCAGGUGUACUUCAGGACAAAGUGAGGUCACGAUGUGGUGUGGUUUCAGUUAAAUAAGAGCCCAUUUCUGAAAUUUCAGUUUAUUUUUUGAAAAGUUCAACCAGUGAAGGCAGUGAAACACAGCUGCUCUUCCUUGUGCUGUUAUUCUCUAAGUAACGAUUAUACAGACCUUUUGAAAACAUUUUCUUCAGUUAGUACAGCAUGGAAGUCAAUCUGAAAGCCACUCAAAUGAGAUGAUACAUCACACGUAAUACAACUAGCUUUAUCCUUUUCUUUUUUUCU